CCUUUAGUGACAGAUGCACAACGCGUGCUUGUUUUGGAGUCGCUGGCGAGAAGAUGUGAUAUGUUGUCACUUUUACCGUCAAGCUCUUCUCCUUUUUUUUUUUCCUCCGUUUUUUUUUAGUUCCACAUCAACCCGCCCACGCACUCGCGGGGCGUCUCGUCGCGGUUUUCUCCGCGAGCGUGAUACAUGGCCACAGUUUUUUCCCUCCCUCCCUCUCUCUCUCUCUCUCUCUCUCUCUCUCUCUCUUUCCCACACGAUGGAAGACAUCUGGCGUGGAGCUACUCCAGAAACAUGCGCGUGGAAUGACGCACGCUCGCUGAUGCCUGGAGAAAAGGGCUGCGAAAGGAAGGCUGUUUAACGCGAUGGCACGGUGGCGGCAGAACGUUUAAAAAGUCGGGACUCGGGAGGAGGGAGGCGGGGGCUGCAAAAUGUUGAUCUUGUGGGUUCCGCUCAGUUUGCUCCUCGGCGCGAUGGUGUCUCGCACUUGGAGCUCCAACUGGGCUUCGGACUUCCGCAAGUCGCCGCCGCCGCCGCCGCACAUCAUCUUCAUUCUGGUAGACGACCAGGGCUUCCGGGACGUGGGCUACCACGGCUCGGAGAUCAAGACCCCCACCCUGGACCGGCUGGCCACGCAGGGAGUGAAGCUGGAGAACUAUUACGUGCAGCCCCUUUGCAGCCCGUCCAGGAGUCAGCUCAUGACCGGCAGGUACCAGAUCCACACGGGCCUCCAGCACUCCAUCAUCCGAGCCACCCAGCCCAACUGCCUCCCCCUGGACAACGUCACCCUGCCGCAGAAGCUGAAGCAGGCCGGCUACUCCACGCACAUGGUGGGCAAGUGGCACCUGGGCUUCUACAAACGCGGCUGCCUGCCCACCCGCCGCGGGUUCGACAGCUUCUUCGGCUCGCUCCUGGGAAGCGGCGACUACUACAGCCACUACAAGUGCGAGGGUCCCGGGAUGUGCGGCUACGACUUGUACGAAGGCGAAGAGGCCGCGUGGGAGCAGGACCGGGGCUUGUACUCCACGGUAAUGUACACGCAAAAGGCCAUCGAGAUCUUAGCAAACCAUGACCCUCGCAAGCCUUUGUUCCUCUACUUAGCCUAUCAGGCGGUGCAUUCGCCGCUUCAGGUUCCGGCUCGCUACCUGGAGCGCUACAAGGGGAUCGUGAACCCUCACCGGCGCAAAUUUGCAGCCAUGGUCUCCUGUCUGGACGAAGCCGUACGCAACCUGACCCUGGCGUUGAAACGCUACCGUUACUACGACAACGCGGUCAUCGUGUACUCCUCGGACAACGGGGGGCAGCCGCUGGUCGGCGGGAGCAACUGGCCCCUCCGGGGGAGCAAGGCCACGCUGUGGGAAGGCGGCAUCCGGGCGGUGGGCUUCGUCCACAGCCCCUUGUUGGUCAAGAAGGGCACCAAGUGUCAGUCGUUGGUGCACAUCACCGACUGGUUCCCGACGCUGGUCACCUUGGGUGAAGGGACUCUGGACGAGGAUCUCAACCUGGACGGCUACGACGUGUGGGAAACAAUCAGCGAAGGGCUCCCCUCACCCCGCCGGGACAUCCUCCACAACAUCGACCCCAUCUACGUGAAGGCCAAAAACGGUUCGUGGAAGGCCGGGCACGGCCUGUGGAACACGGCCGUGCAGGCGGCCCUGCGGGUGGGCCACUGGAAGCUGCUGACGGGGGUACCCGGUUAUAGCGACUGGGUACCUCCCCAGACCUUCUCCACACAGCGGCUGACCCUGCGCUGGCACAACGAACGCGUCCGCUGGGACCGUGGCAAGUCCCUGUGGCUCUUCAACAUCACCUCGGACCCUUACGAGCGGGUCGAUUUAUCCCAGCGCUACCCGCACGUGGUCAAGAAAAUGCUCACUCGGCUGGCGCAGUACAACAAGACGGCGGUGCGGGUGCGCUACCCGGCCAAAGAUCUGCGCUCUAACCCGCAGUACAACGGAGGCGUGUGGGGGCCCUGGUACAAGGAGGAGAUCGGCCGCAGGAACCAGCAUCUGUUCACCAACCGUCUGAGCAGCGGACGCGCCUGAAACGGAAAGGGCCGAGACUAGCGUGCCGGCCCGGCUUUGCGCAAGACUGAACGCUUCUCAGGGAUGGAUCGGGACUUCCCGGGAUUUCCGCCGGGGCGGGGAUCAAGAGCGACUCGUGGGCCCCUUCGCAGCGCUUCAUUUUAGAGACUGGAGACUUGGAAACAUGUUGGAACGUGAUCGGACGAUUUGGGAGCGGGGGGGGGGGGGGGGAACGUCAUCAAGCUAUGAGAAGAAAGUUGGAAUAUUGAAAAAAAAAAAAAAUACUGAAAAUAACUUGAAAGUGUUUCCAAAAAUUAGUCAUUCGUAUGUUAUGAGGAAAAAUUUCCGAAUGUUAUGAGAAUAACAUUGAGGUCAGUGGUGCGAAGGGGGAAAAUCUGCAGUGUCAGCAAGAUAAAGAAAACAGUCAAAACGACCCCGCCCCCCCAAAAAAAAUAUCAAUGGUCAAAGAACAAAGUCACAAACCGAUAGAAAAAAAUGAGUUGGAAUGUUACAAGUCGUAAUAUUCCCCACCCACCACCCAAAAUUGUCAUGAUUUACAAAAUUAUUGCACAACAUUAUGUAAGAAUUAAGCAGUGAUAUCGUAAGGAAAAAUGUCAAAAUAUCACCCUCCAAAAAUUGAGAAAAAAUACGGCCUUAGAAUAAUGUUGGAAAAAAAUAAUGUGACAGAAAUCACGUAUGUUGAAAAAUAGUUCUCGCUAUGAAAAUGUUAAUAUAUUACAAGGCAAAAAAUUCAUGAAGUUACGAGAAAAAAGUUUUGCUUCUCUGAUAGAAAAAAAAAAAAAGCCAAUUUAAGGUGACGAAAAAACUACUUUGUCCCAAUGUCAUUUUUAUUAUUAUUAUUUUUUUUACAUUUUUUUCAAUUUAGAUUUGUAUUGUUAAGUGGAUAUGAACAACAAUAGAUAUUUGUACUAGGACGAGCGGUCGACCCGCAUGCGAUCGCGCCGCCAAAAAUAAAGGCGACCUCGGGUUGCGGGUUCUGAACUCCUGUCUCCCGGGCCGGGGAGUCUUCCCUCUUGCGAAAAUGUUUCACGUUGCCCCGUCGACUUCCUUCUCGGACCGUCUGGAAUUCCACAGGUGGGGCGCUUUGAAACCGGGGCCAGCUGGGCUUCUGUCGCUUUGAAAGGGGAAAGAGGAAAAGGAGACGGAUGCUCCUCCUCCUCCUUCUCCUCCUCCUCCUCCUCGGCGGACUCAACAGCUGAGGGGUCUCGGCUUACACCCGUGUGGAAUCGGGACUCGUCCCGCCCAUAUCCUGCCUGACCUUUGCGCUCGCAUUGAGGAAGCCUGGAAGCUUUGUUUCCUCUUCUUCAAAAGACAGAAUGAUGCCCCCAAAAAUGAUUGUCA